AUCCAGAAGGUCACGUUACUGUAAGAACAUGUUCUUGCCACUCUCAGAGGCACAAACAUGGACAAGGGCAAGGAAACAAGAUGCACCCGCUCUGCUGCUAACCAGAAUCUUAAAGACAGAUUUCUGUGUGCUCUGCAAACCAACGACUUUGUCACCGUGGAAGAUCUGUUAAAUGGUGGGAAAAUUGACGUGGAUACUGUGUUUGAAGUAGAAGAUGAGAAUUUAAUUCUGGCUGCCUAUAAACCGGGUUACUGGCUUCCAAAUUACAAGUUGACAUCAUCAUGGGCAACUGGGCUGCAUAUUACAGUUAUGCUGGGACAUGUGGAGACUCUUUUGGUGUUGCUUCAGCACCGUGCCUCUGUCAACAGUCAACCCAAUGGAAAGAGCCCCUUGCAUGUAGCCUGUGAAGUUGCAGAUUUGGAUUUUGUGAAAAUACUCAUAAAACACCGAGCAAAACUCAACUCUUUUUCAGUUAGUGGACUGGCACCAUUGCACUAUUGCACAACCAAAGAAUCCAUCAAAUGUGCCAAAGAACUGGUUUGGAAUGGGGCAGACAUAAACCUACAAAGCAACAGUGAUCUAGAAGAAACCCCCCUGCACACUGCUUGCCGUAUUGGAAUACCUGAACUUGUGGCCUUCUACGUUAAUCAUGGAGCUGUUGUCGACAGUAUCAAUGCCUAUUUAGAAACUCCUCUAGCGACUGCUGCCUACUGGGCCCUUAAUAUGAAGGAACAGAAGUACAGCCCCAAGCAUCACCUCAUCUGCAGAAUGCUGCUUGAUUACAAUGCUGAUGUCCAUUCACGGGAUGAGGAUUUCAAGUCUCCUCUCCACAAGGCUGCCUGGAACUGUGACCAUGUGCUCAUACAUAUGAUGCUAGAAGCAGGAGCUGAGGCCAACUGCAUGGAUGUCAAUGGAUGCGCUCCUCAGCAAUAUGUGCUGAAAGUAACUUCAGUACGAGCAGCUGGCUGUCCAGAAAUCUGCUACCAGUUACUGCUGAAUCACGGUGCAGCCAGGAUAUAUCCUCCUCAGUUUCACAAGGUGCUACAAGAGUGUCAUUCAUAUCCAAGUGCAGUGGAAGUGAUGGCUAAUGCUUAUGAACAUAUUAAGUCAACAUCAAAAUGGAGAAACGCAAUCCCUGAUCAUAUGCUUCAGACACACUGGGACUUCUAUCAAUCUCUGUUUGAGGUUUGCAGUAACACUCCUAGAUCUUUAAUGCACUUGGCUAGAUGUGCGAUCCGUACGGCUUUGUGGAAGAAUUGUCACAAAGCCAUUCCCCAGCUUCCAUUACCGACUAUGUUAAAGAAGUACAUUUUGCUGGAGCCACAAGGGAAACUCUACUGAGCUUGCAGGAUCAACAGAACUUUACUAUUUCUCUGAGGGGGUGAAAUCAUUUCCAAAGCAGAAUUAUCUGAUCUUCUGUCACAUCAGCUGAAGAUGAAGCUUGGAUAAUCAGGGCUUAUGCAUCUGAUAGGUUUGUUUAUUAAAGGUUAUCAAGACAUAUGCAUAACCAGAUAGGAUUAAAAAAUAAUGUGGACACUUAAGUAUUUAUGAGGCAUAUAUAUCAAAGCAUGCAGUACUGACUUUAUUGCUUUUAUGUCUUUUCAUCAUAUUUUAGCUGCUGAUGUGGCAACUGACCAGAUCAGUAGCUUAUUGGACAAUGUAGAUGGGCAGAUAUCUUAUGGAGAGGUUUAAAAAUCUUGUUAGGGUCAUGCCACACAGGGUGCUUUGGGGAGAUUUGGUCGCCUGGGACUAAUCGCCUUGUUUUUGUGGCGACCAAUCUCCCCAAACGCCUCCCACACU